AAGGGGUUCUUGUAUUCCCAGGAGGAAAACUGCAGGAGGCAGCAUGGUCUGGGGGCUGGUCCUGCUGGCUUUGUGGGUGUGGCCCAGCACGCAAGCUGGUCACCAGGACAAAGAGAUGACCUUCGACCUUUUCAGUGUCAGCAACAUCAACCGCAAGACCAUUGGCGCCAAGCAGUUCCGAGGGCCCGACCCUGGCAUGCCAGCCUACCGCUUCGUGCGCUUCGACUACAUCCCGCCCGUGAACGCUGAGGACCUCAGCAGGAUCACCAAGAUCAUGCGGCAGAAGGAAGGCUUCUUCCUCACGGCGCAGCUGAAGCAGGAUGGAAAGUCCCGGGGCACGCUGCUGGCUCUGGAGGGCCCUGGGCUGUCCCAGAGGCAGUUCGAGAUUGUCUCCAACGGCCCUGCGGACACGCUAGACCUCACCUAUUGGGUGGAUGGCACCCGGCACGUGGUCUCCCUGGAGGACGUGGGCCUGGCUGACUCCCAGUGGAAGAAUGUCACCGUGCAGGUGGCUGGCGAGACCUACAGCCUGCACGUGGGCUGCGACCUCAUAGACAGUUUCACACUGGACGAGCCCUUCUACGAGCACCUGCAGGCAGAAAAGAGCCGGAUGUAUGUGGCCAAAGGCUCUGCCAGAGAUAGUCACUUCCGGGGUUUGCUUCAGAAUGUUCACCUAGUUUUUGAAAACUCUGUGGAAGAUAUUCUAAGCAAGAAGGGUUGUCAGCAAGGCCAGGGAGGUAGGUGUGUUUUUAAAGAAUACGUGGAAUUUGGUAUCUUUGAUGCACAAUGUCUCUGUGACCCCACCGCCUACCUCAGGUCUGGGGUGCGUAGCCCACUCUCCAGGUAUAUUUUGCCUGUCCUUAUCAUUGUGCCCGUCCUCACGAGGCCUCUCUGGGAACCAGGGCAGGUGAUUCUCCCUGUGAUCCUCCCUGUGGUCCCCCCUGUGAUCCUCCCUGUGGUCCCCCCUGUGAUCCUCCCUGUGUUCCCCCUGGUGGUCCCCCCUGUGAUCCUCCCUGUGGUCCCCCCUGUGAUCCUCCCUGUGGUCCUCCCUGUGGUCCCCCCUGUGAUCCUCCCUGUGGUCCCCCCUUCAAAUGAUAACCAGUUUCUCUGGGAGCUCAUUGGUGGCCCUCCUAAGACGAGGAACAUGUCAGCUUGCUGGCAGGAUGGCCGGUUCUUUGCGGAAAAUGAGACAUGGGUGGUGGACAGCUGCACCUCGUGUACCUGCAAGAAAUUUAAAACCAUCUGCCACCAAAUCACCUGCCCACCCGCGACCUGUGCCAGCCCGUCAUUCAUUGAAGGCGAAUGCUGCCCUUCCUGCCUGCACGCAGUGGAUGGUGAGGAGGGCUGGUCUCCAUGGGCAGAGUGGACCGAGUGCUCCGUGACCUGUGGCUCUGGGACCCAGCAGAGAGGACGGUCCUGUGACGUCACCAGCAACACCUGCUUGGGGCCCUCCAUCCAGACGCGGGCUUGCAGCCUGAGCAAGUGCGACACCCGCAUCCGGCAGGAUGGCGGCUGGAGCCACUGGUCACCUUGGUCUUCAUGCUCUGUGACCUGUGGAGUCGGCAACAUCACACGCAUCCGUCUGUGCAACUCCCCAGUGCCCCAGAUGGGGGGCAGGAACUGCAAAGGGAGUGGCCGGGAGACCAAAGCCUGCGAGGGUGCCCCAUGCCCAAUCGACGGCCGCUGGAGCCCCUGGUCCCCGUGGUCAGCCUGCACCGUCACCUGUGCUGGAGGGAUCCGGGAGCGCACGCGGGUCUGCAAUAGCCCGGAGCCUCAGCACGGAGGGAAGGCCUGCGUGGGGGAUGUGCAGGAACGCCAGAUGUGCAACAAGAGGAGCUGCCCCGUGGAUGGGUGUUUAUCCAACCCCUGCUUCCCGGGAGCCCAGUGCAGCAGCUUCCCGGAUGGGUCCUGGUCCUGCGGCUCCUGCCCCAUGGGCUUCUUGGGCAAUGGCACCCACUGUGAGGACCUGGAUGAGUGUGCCCUGGUGCCCGACGUCUGCUUCUCCACCAGUAAGGUGCCCCGCUGUGUCAACACUCAGCCCGGCUUCCACUGCCUGCCAUGUCCGCCCCGCUACAGAGGGACCCAGCCCACUGGGGUCGGCCUGGAGGCUGCCAAGACGGAAAAGCAAGUGUGUGAGCCCGAAAACCCGUGCAAGGACAAGACACACAACUGCCACAAGCAUGCAGAGUGCAUCUACCUGGGCCACUUCAGCGACCCCAUGUACAAGUGCGAGUGCCGGACGGGCUACGCGGGCGAUGGGCUCAUCUGUGGGGAGGACUCGGACCUUGACGGCUGGCCCAACCUCAACCUGGUCUGCGCCACCAAUGCCACUUACCACUGCAUCAAGGAUAACUGCCCCCAUCUGCCUAAUUCUGGGCAAGAAGACUUCGACAAGGACGGGAUUGGCGAUGCCUGUGACGACGACGAUGACAAUGACGGUGUGACCGACGAGAAGGACAACUGCCAGCUGCUCUUCAACCCCCGCCAGGCUGACUACGACAAGGAUGAGGUUGGGGACCGUUGUGACAACUGCCCAUAUGUGCACAACCCCGCCCAGAUUGAUACUGACAGCAACGGGGAGGGCGACGCCUGCUCCGUGGACAUCGACGGGGAUGAUGUCUUCAAUGAACGAGACAAUUGUCCCUACGUCUACAACACUGACCAGAGGGACACAGACGGUGACGGUGUGGGGGAUCACUGUGACAACUGCCCCCUGGUGCACAACCCCGACCAGACCGACAUGGACAAUGACCUCGUCGGGGACCAGUGUGACAACAAUGAGGACAUAGAUGAGGACGGCCACCAGAACAACCAGGACAACUGCCCCUACAUCUCCAACGCCAACCAGGCCGACCACGACAGCGACGGCCAGGGCGAUGCCUGUGACCCCGAUGAUGACAACGAUGGCAUCCCCGACGACAGGGACAACUGCCGGCUGGUGCCCAACCCGGACCAGGAGGACCUGGACGGUGAUGGCCGGGGUGAUAUUUGUAAAGAUGAUUUUGACAAUGACAACGUCCCAGAUAUUGACGAUGUGUGCCCUGAAAACAACGCCAUCAGUGAGACGGACUUCAGGAACUUCCAGAUGGUGCCCCUGGAUCCCAAAGGGACCACCCAGAUUGAUCCCAACUGGGUCAUUCGCCAUCAAGGCAAGGAGCUGGUUCAGACAGCCAACUCGGACCCCGGCAUUGCCGUAGGCUUUGACGAGUUCGGGUCCGUGGACUUCAGUGGCACCUUCUACGUAAACACUGACCGGGACGACGACUAUGCUGGCUUCGUCUUUGGCUACCAGUCGAGCAGCCGCUUCUACGUGGUGAUGUGGAAACAGGUCACACAGACCUACUGGGAGGACCAGCCCACACGGGCCUACGGCUACUCCGGUGUGUCCCUCAAGGUGGUGAAUUCCACCACGGGGACCGGCGAGCACCUGAGGAACGCACUGUGGCACACGGGGAACACAGCAGGGCAGGUGCGGACCCUCUGGCACGACCCCAGGAACAUUGGCUGGAAGGACUACACAGCCUACCGGUGGCACCUGACUCACAGGCCCAAGACCGGCUACAUGAGAGUCUUAGUGCAUGAAGGAAAACAGGUCAUGGCGGACUCAGGACCUAUCUAUGACCAAACCUACGCGGGCGGGCGCCUGGGUCUGUUUGUCUUCUCUCAAGAAAUGGUCUAUUUCUCAGACCUCAAGUACGAGUGCAGAGAUGUCUAAACAAGAUUUGCUGCAUUUCUGGCAAUGCCCUGUGCAUGCCGUGGUCCCUAGACACCUCAGUUCAUCGUGGUCCUUGCGGCUUCUCUCUCCAGCAGCACCUCUUGUCCCUUGACCUUAACUCUGAUGGUUCUUCACCUCCUGUCAGCAACCCCAAACCCAAGUGCCUUCAGAGGUUAAAUAUCAAUGGAACUCAGAAAUGAACAUCUAACCCACUAGCGGAAUCCAGUUUGGUGACAUAUAAGACUUUAUGUGGAGUGAAAAUUGGGCAUGCCAUUACAUUGCUUUUUCUUGUUUGUUUAAAAAGAAUGACGUUUACAUAUAAAAUGUAAUUACUUAUUGUAUUUAUGUGUAUAUGGAGUUGAAGGGAAUAUUGUGCAUAAGCCAUUAUGAUAAAUUAAGCAUGGAAAAUAUUGCUGAACUACUUUUGGUGCUUAAAGUUGUCACUAUUCUUGAAUUAGAGCUGCUCUACAAUGACACACGAAUCCUGUUAAAUCAAUUAUAAAGAAGGUUCAGUUCAAAUUUGAAGUGAUGUUAUAGUAAGGAGAGAUUAGAAGACAAGAGGCAUAGCGAAUGACAUAAGCUGCCAAUUAACUAAUUGGAACAUGUAAAACAGUUACAGAAAUAAAUGAACACCCCUUCCCCACUCUCCUCUUGUCCGACAACAAAAGCCCUCAUGUGCAGUAGACAUGCAGUUUCAUCAAAGAACAAAUAUCCUUGCAAAAUGGGUGUGACGUGGUUCCAGAUGUGGAUUUGGCAAAACCUCAUUUAAGUAAAAGGUUAGCAGAGCAAAGUGUGCUGCCUUCAGCUGCCGCGUGUGCUGCUGUGGCGUCGGGGCGGGCCUCCUGCCUGAGCUUCCUUCCCCAGCUUUGCUGCCGCAGAGGAGGCAAAGCAGCUGGAAAAGGGCACUUGGCAUCAAACUCAUAACUAGGCUUUGGCAACUGCAGAAAAGUUGCUUUUACCUAAUUUGAUAAUACAUUUCAUUAAGGUUCCAGUUAUAAAUGUUUUGUUAAUAUUUAUUAAAUGAAUAUAGAAUGCAGCACCAUUUACCAAUAACUUAUUUUAAAUAUGCCUAGUAACACAUAUGUAGUAUAAUUUCCAGAAACAAACAUAUAGCAAGUAUAUAAUCCUGUGAAAAUAUGAGGCUUCAUACUACUAGGUUGUCAUGAGGAAGCAUGCUAUAAACUGUAACAGAAUAAAUAAUCAUGAGGAGUUUAUAAUGGAACCUUAAUAUAUAAUGUUGCCAGUGAUUUUAAUCCAAUAUUUUUUACUGUUAUCUAUCUGCUGUAUAUGGAAUUCUUUUAAUUCAAACGCUGAAAAUGAAUCAGCAUUUAUUCUUGCCAGGCACACCCAAUAACCAGUCAUGUGUAAUAUGCACAAGUUCUGUUGUGUUUGUUUUUGUUUGUUUGUUCGUUUGCUUUAAGUUGCAUGAACUUUCUGCAGGAAAGAGUCGCUCAUCCCACUCCACAUAAAGGGUUUAGUAAGAGAAGUCUGUGUGUCCGAUAGGGGGCAAGUCGUUCUCCCCUUUCUGUUAGUCUUCACAUUUCUAUGCCAAAUAGGAAAGAUCCGUAACUUUAGUCUUAAUGUACGCUUUGCAUUUUGAUAAAAUUAUUUUUGUUGUUUCCUUUGAGGUUCAUUGUUGUGUUGUUGUUUUGCUGCACUUUUUACAUUUUUGUGUGGAGCUGUAUUCCCAAGACCAACGAAGCGUUGGGAGACUUCAUUAAAUGUAGCGACUGUCAACAG